AUGCCUUCGUCAACCCCCACCGGCAGCCUUUCCGCAACCCCAGACGCCCUUGAAUCCGACCUCCUCACCAAGCUGUCUGCCACAUCGGCCCUGGAGGACCUACAAGAGAACCUCCUGGGCUCACUGCACCGUGCGGGCUGGACGGAAAAGAUCACCAGCCUGGCAACAGAACUCCUCCGCGCGGGGCGGUGUGAAACCUUUGACGAUGUGAUGGAGGCGGUGAUUGCGUCCGCCGAGGGCAGGACACAUCCGGCGUUGGGGUCCAAGAAUGCCGAACAGCCGGGGACAAAGGCCUCCAACGGAACCAAGGAGGCCCGAUCCAACGGAGCCCGAAGGGGGAAUGAUUCGGGGAACACGACCAAGUCUGAUGGCCCGUACGACCCCGCCAAGUACAUUGAAGAGGUCGAUGUACGUAUUCCUGAGGCCAUUGUGGAUGAAGGCGUACGGGGACUGAAGGACAUUUUGCGGGAGAUGGUCGAUCUGGAAGAUGAAGGUCUGCCCAACGGUGACAAGAAGUGA